AUUCUAUAUAGCCUUCUUCUGACUUCGAUUCUUCCUUCUAUAUAAUAAUCCACCAGCUCUCGCCAUUGCCUCUGACAAAAUUUGCUUUCCCAUUUGAAUCCUCUAACAAAAAAUCCAAAAAAAAUGGAGUUGUUCUUUCUCACUGCCUUCACCAUCUUCAUUAUCCUUGUUACCUUCCCAAUUGUUGCUGUGUUGUACAGGCCAAGUUUCACAAAUCUCCCACCAGGUAACGUGGGCUUGCCAUACAUUGGAGAGAGCCUGGAAUUUCUUUCCACAGGAAGAAAAGGUCAUCCUGAAAAGUUCAUUUCUGAUAGAAUGGCUAAAUACUCUCGUCAGCUUUUUAGGACUUCAAUUCUCGGUGAAGAAACCGCCGUCGUUUGUGGUGCUCAAGGUAAUAAAUUCUUGUUCUCUAAUGAGAACAAGCUUGUCACUGCAUGGUGGCCUAACUCGGUCUUGAAACUCUUCCCUUCAGUUACUCAUAGCUCUAUCCAAACAGAAGGUCUGAAAAUGAGAAAUAUGUUGCCUAACUUUCUCAAACCUGAGGCCUUGCAGAGAUACGUUGGUGUAAUGGAUGCAAAGGCAAAAAAACACUUCGAGGAUUUCUGGGAAGGAAAAAACCAAGUAAACGUAUACCCACUUGCAAAGUUUUACACUUUUGCAGUUGCUUGUAAAGUGUUCUUGAGCAUGGAUGAUCCAGAACAGGUCACAAAAUUUGCUGCUCCUUUCAAUGAUAUGGCGUCAGGAAUAAUCUCGAUUCCCAUAGAUUUGCCUGGAACACCAUUCCAUCGUGGAAUCAAGGCCUCGAAGAUUAUCAGGAACCAGAUGUUGACGAUGAUUAAGCAAAGGAGGAAGGAUCUUGCUGAGAAUAAAGCUUCUCCAAUGCAAGAUAUUUUGUCACAUAUGUUGAUAGCAACCGAUGAAGAUGGGCUACGCUUGGGGGACGUUGGGAUCGCCGAUAAGAUCAUUUCUUUGCUCAUUGGAGGCCAUGACACAGCAAGUGCAACGAUUACUUUUGUGGUCAAAUUUCUUUCUGAGCUUCCUGAAAUAUACAACAAUGUUCUGAAAGAGCAAAUGGAGAUAUUAAAAUCAAAAGCAUCAGGGGAGUUUUUGAACUGGGAUGACAUUCAGAAGAUGAAAUACUCAUGGAAUGUAGCAUGUGAAGUGAUGAGAUUAGCCCCACCACUUCAAGGUUCAUUUAGAGAAGCCUUACAUGACUUCAACUACGCUGGUUUCUCAAUUCCAAAGGGUUGGAAAUUAUAUUGGAGCGCACAUACAACACAUAAGAAUCCAGAAUAUUUUCCACAACCUGAAAAGUUCGACCCAUCAAGAUUUGAAGGAUCAAGGGCAGCAGUACCUUACACAUUUGUUCCAUUUGGAGGAGGGCCAAGGAUGUGUCCUGGAAAAGAGUAUGCAAGAUUGGAAAUCUUAGUUUUCAUACACAAUAUAGUGAGAAGAUUCAAGUGGGAGAAAAUUAUUCCUGAUGAGAAAAUUGUUGUAGAUCCAAUCCCAGUUCCAGCUAAAGGGCUUCCAGUUCAUCUCUACCCUCAAAAACACCAGUAAUUUUUCUAAAACAGAAUUGCUUCUCUUGUAAAUUCUGCAAAAGAUAAUACUUUCUAUGUAAGUCUAGUGAUUCCUAGGCUUCAACCCAUAAACAUUAUAAAGUUAAAUUACUUGCAUUUUUAAUUUUUCUUUUAA